AUUUUUAUUACAGCUCUUAAGCCUUACGCUCGGAGGGAAAAGAAAACCCAGAGAAAUGGCGGGCUCUGGCGACCUCCAGCUCUACCGCUAUCCUCAGUCUAAGUCCGUCGACGCCGUCCGGUGGCUCCAUCCCCUCUCCGCCUUCGAUCGCUUCAUCGCCACCGCGCUUUACGACACCGACGACGCUUCAUCAUCCGUUGAUAUACAUUCCCUGAACCUCAACUCCGACCCUGAAAACCCUAACCGUAGCAAGCCUCUUCUCCGUCCCCGCUGCAGCUGGCCAUCUCCAUCGCGAAUUUCGUCCCUCCGAACCUCAGAGAUCCCUCAGAAGCACGUUGUCGCCGCCCUCUCCACAUUUGCUGGAUACGUUCACUUCCUCUUUAUGGAUCCUAUAGAUGUAUCUGUGGAAUUGGAGCUCUCUACUGAUGAGGACCAGCCUCUGCACAAUGCGUCGGUCUCAAUCGUGGAUCUCCAGGAUGGUGGGCAUGAGUGCCUGAGCGUGGGUGAGGACGGGAGGGUGAAUCUGGUAUCGGUUGGUGAAGGAAGGCUUGAUACUCAGCUGGUGCACGAUAAUCGGGGGUUGGUAUCGUAUACGGCUGUGAAAUGGGGGUCACAGGCAGAGUUCGCCACCGGAGGAUUUGGCUUUGGAUUGCAGUGGUGGGACCAGAGGAAGCCUGGGGGAUUAGUGUCUCAGCUCAAAGGAAAUUGGGCUCAAGGAAACGUGACAGGCAUUGUGCAUUCGAUUGAUAUACAUCCUUCCAGAAAGCAUAUUUCUGUUGUGGGUGGUUCAUCAGGCACAGUGUUUGCUUGGGAUCUACGGUGGCAACAGCAACCGAUCUUACUUUCUGGAGUAGGGGUAGCAGGACAAUCUACCUUUGAGAGUGAGAUUUGGGAGAUCCAAUAUGACAUCCAUGCUCAAUCCUCAAGCAUCAGCUCAACCUCUUCCACGAAGAUAUUACCUGUCAUGUUUUGUUCAGAAGAUGGAAUUCUUGGUGUUAUCGAACAAGGCAAACCACCCAUUGAAUUGCUGACAGAGGCUUGUGCUAUCAACUCACUUGACAUAGAUCCUCAAAAUCCAUCUGAUAUAAUCUGUGGCCUCGAGUGGGAAAGUAUUGGCAUUCUAAUGCGUCCGAAAGAGGCUGCUUUAGUUUACUGAAAACUGAACUACCAUUUCAAAGAUUUAUUUUAUUUUGUUUCUUGGUUAGGAAGUUGUACUUUGUUCAAGUGGAUAAAUUUGUUUUUUCUUUUUUCAACUCAGAUUUGAA